AUGUAUGAAAAUGAAAUAAUUGAAUAUACAAAUCGUCAUAAAAUGGAAGAAACAACAGCUAAAGUAUUUGCUCGUUUACAUCAUAUGAAAAGUAUACUUUUUAAAACUCUUAAAAAAACAUCUUGUGGUACUAUUUCUAAUCAUAAUCGUACUUGUUGUUCACCAAUAAAUGAUCAUUAUGAUCAACAAUCUGAAUCAACAAUAACAUCAUUAAUUAAUAAUACAUCGGAUGAUACUAUUUCAUCGAUUAGUGGAGAUUCAGGUGUGUCUAUAUUAAGUGAUUUUUCACACUGUUCAUUAUCAUCGUCAUCAUCAAUACCAAAAUCAUGUCAUGUAAGGUGUAAUCCAUCAAUCAUUAAUUAUAUUUCACAUAAUCUAUUAACAACUCAUCAUUCAGAACUUUUUCUCGAUGAAAUCGAUGAUCAAAAUAUUGAAGAAACUCCAUCUAUACAAAUACCAUUAGCUGAAAGUAGUCGUCGUAUUAUACAUGAAAAUGAAGAAAAUGAUCAUACAAUUGUUGCUGAUGAUGAAGAUGACCAUCCUGGACCAUUAACAUCAACAUUAAUCGAUCGAUGGUAUUCAGUAACAAAACCUUAUUCAGCAAUAUUUCGUCAAGAUUUAACUGUUAGAAAAAAUGAACUUGUACAAUUAUUACGUUCAACACAUCCACAUUGGAUUUGGGUACGAAAUGAACAUAGUCAAGAAGGAUUUAUACCGAUUGAUUGUUUGAUUGUUGCUUAA